UGCAGUCAUUCCUGGGGCAUGGACGAUGCCCGUGUCGUCUGCAGACAGCUCGGCUAUGGACCAGCCAUUAGUGCCCCGCGUGACGCUACCUAUGGCCCGGGUGUUGGUCCUAUUCACCUUGUACACGUCUACUGCAACGGUUCGGAAAGUUCGAUUCUCGACUGCACAUCCUAUUACUCUGAACACUGCUACCACCGUGAAGAUGCCGGUGUUGAAUGUACAGCUCCAGUUCGUCUCGUGAAUGGAGGCUCUUUGAACGAGGGUCGAGUUGAAGUUUUCUACCAAGGCCAGUGGGGUACAGUCUGUGAUGAUGGAUGGGGCAUUAAUGACGCUCAUGUCGUUUGUCGCAUGCUUGGUUAUCCUUCUGCAUACCAGGCGUGGGGCAGCGCCCACUUCGGUCAAGGAUCAGGUCCAAUCAUGCUUGACAAUGUUAACUGCCAAGGAAAUGAAUAUGACAUAGCUGAUUGCUAUCAUAAUGGCUGGUUUAGUCAUAACUGUGUACAUAAUGAGGACGCAGGAGUUACUUGUAACAGUGACUACACCACUGAACCAUCCUACGGCUGCAGUUCAUAUGAGUGGCAAUGCUACUACAGCGGCCAGUGUAUUCAAGACUACCAACGAUGCAACGGCUACUCAGACUGCUACUAUGGCGAAGAUGAAUACGACUGUUAUGGUAAAUAUCUGCAACAAAACAGCUACACCACUGAACCAUCCUACGGCUGCAGUUCAUAUGAGUGGCAAUGCUACUACAGCGGCCAGUGUAUUCAAUACUACCAAAGAUGCAACGGAUACUCAGACUGCAACUAUGGCGAAGACGAAUACGACUGUUAUGGCUACACCACUGAACCAUCCUACGGCUGCAGUUCAUAUGAGUGGCAAUGCUACUACAGCGGCCAGUGUAUUCAAUACUACCAAAGAUGCAACGGAUACUCAGACUGCAACUAUGGCGAAGACGAAUACGACUGUUAUGGCUACACCAUUGAACCAUUCUACGGCUGCAGUUCAUAUGAGUGGCAAUGCUACUACAGCGGCCAGUGUAUUCAAUACUACAAACGAUGCAACGGAUACUCAGACUGCUUGAAUGGCGAAGAUGAAUACGACUGUUAUAGCUACACCACUGAACCAUCCUACGGCUGCAGUUCAUAUCAGUGGCAAUGCUACUACGACGGCCAGUACUACACAACUGAACCAUCCUACGGCUGCAGUUCAUAUCAGUGGAGAUGCUACUACAACGGUCAAUGUAUUCAAGACUACCAAAGAUGCAACGGAUACUCAGACUGCUUGUAUGGAGAAGAUGAAUACAACUGUUACGUUGGCGAAGAUGAAUACAACUGUUAUGGAAACACCGUUGCGCCCACUGUAGACGUCAAUCUACCCUCCUCCGUGAUAAGAUUAGUGAAUGGCAGCACCAUCUAUGAAGGCAGAGUAGAGGUGUUUGUCAACGGUUCCUGGGGAACGGCUUGCAGUCAUUCCUGGGACAUGAACGAUGCCCGUGUCGUCUGCAGACAGCUCGGCUAUGGACCAGCCAUUAGUGCCCCGCGUGACGCUACCUAUGGCCCGGGUGUUGGUCCUAUUCACCUUGUACACGUCUACUGCAACGGUUCGGAAAGUUCGAUUCUGGACUGCACGUCCUAUUACUCUGAACACUGCUACCACCGUGAAGAUGCCGGUGUUGAAUGUACAGCUCCAGUUCGUCUCGUUAAUGGAGGCUCUUUGAACGAGGGUCGAGUUGAAGUUUUCUACCAAGGCCAGUGGGGUACAGUCUGUGAUGAUGGAUGGGGCAUUAAUGACGCUCAUGUCGUCUGUCGCAUGCUUGGUUAUCCUUCUGCAUACCAGGCGUGGGGCAGCGCCCACUUCGGUCAAGGAUCAGGUCCAAUCAUGCUUGACAAUGUUAACUGCCAAGGAAAUGAAUAUGACAUAGCUGAUUGCUAUCAUAAUGGCUGGUUUAGUCAUAACUGUGUACAUAAUGAGGACGCAGGAUCUACUUGUAACAAUGGCUACGCCACUGAACCAGCCACUGAACCAGCCACUGAACCAGCCUACGGCUGCAGUUCAUAUGAGUGGCUAUGCUACAACGGCCAAUGUAUUCAAGACUACCAAAGAUGCAACGGAUACUCAGACUGCUACUCUGGCGAAGAUGAAUACGACUGUUAUGGCUACGCCACUGAACCAUCCACUGAACCAGCCACUGAACCAGCCUACGGCUGCAGUUCAUAUGAGUGGCUAUGCUACAACGGCCAAUGUAUUCAAGACUACCAAAGAUGCAACGGAUACUCAGACUGCUACUCUGGCGAAGAUGAAUACGACUGUUAUGGCUACGCCACUGAACCAGCCACUGAACCAGCCACUGAACCAUCCUACGGCUGCAGUUCACCUGAGUGGCAAUGCUACAACGGCCAAUGUAUUCAAGACUACCAAAGAUGCAACGGAUACUCAGACUGCUACUCUGGCGAAGAUGAAUACGACUGUUAUGGUAAAUAUCUGCAACAAAACAGUUUUUAG